AUGCAGGGUCUUAUUGACCGACUCGAAAAUCUUCGUAAGAGUGGAGUGCAGACCAUUUGGCCCGUUCCAUUCCUGAUAUCCGAUGAUUACACGAAUGCGAUUCGAAAUUUUGACCAGAUGGAUCCGAAAAUUGGAGUGAAUCAGCUGGCAGACAAAGCCAUUGAGAGCGCUCAUGAUAAAGGUAUAGUUUCAGAUGACCUUUCGGAUUCUUUUACCCAAUCUGAACUUCUUAUAGGCAUGAAAUUCGUGAUCAGCCUUCCCAUUGCCACAACUUCAACUGAACACGAGUGGUUCUUGAAGUCAUCCUCGGCAAGCCUUCCAGAGAACAGGAAUUACUCCGAAUUCUAUCACUGGAGAACCCAAGGUAACCCAGAACUCUUUACCGACUAUAAGGGAGCUUCCUAUCUGCACGAAAAGAACAACACCAAAUCGGCUGUUCUCAAUUGGCAGAACUCUAACGUUCGAGCGCACAUGUUUGACGUUCUGUCGUCGUGGAUCGAUCGUGGGGUGGAUGGGUUCUACCUGGUAGGUAUCGAGUAUCUGUCUCGUACUAAGGGUGGCGCGGAGCCGAAUUGGCCUGGAAUUGCGGAUGUGAUCAGCGAUAUACGAAAUCAUGUUGACUCCUUUAGUAAUGAGAGCUCAAAAGCAGCCGGAAAGAAAAUAGCCCUAUUUGCUUCACGGGAAGAGGCGAAAGAGAAGGACAAGAAGCAGCUAACGACAAGUGGUCUUGACUCUGUUAUCAACUACGAGCUUGGGCACGUCAGCAAGAAUUCUGAGAUCUGCCAUCGGAGCGAGGGCUCAGUGGCGACAUGCGUUCACGAGAUUCUCUCAGAUAUUCUGCUUUUCCAUUCUAAUAAUCCAUCAGUGUGGCCACAGUGGGAGUUCGGUAAUGCUUGGUUGUCCCGUCUGGCUUCUCGAGUAGACAGUCGCGCUCAUGCCGAACUGCUCAUCAUGACCCAACUGAUGCUCCCAGGCUCGAAUAGUUUCUACUACGGAGAUGAGCUGGGAAUGAAAAACCUUCCAAAUGACUCAGUGGUGCCACCACAACGUGGAGCCAUGCAAUGGGAUGAUUCGUCAUUUGCUGGCUUUUCAACGAAUUCGAAAGUUCCUGUCAAUUCAGACUAUAAGAGCAUCAAUUGGGCGAAACAAUACAAACAAGAUCAGUCUGCGCUCAAGAUGUUCUCCAAGCUCAGCAAGCUGCGCACGAGGGACGAGUCUCUAAGUCUCGGCGAGACCAUAAUGGGACGUCUCAUUGAGGGCGGAGCUUACACCAUCGUUCGAUUCCACCAACGUGAAAAUGUCACCGAUGGAAAUGUUUACGUGGGAGCGGUCAAUUUCGCAGAACACUCCGUUACGCUGCCACUGAACGAUUUGCCCAAAAACGAUAAACUCGCGAAAACGCAGGUAAAUUGUCACCACCACGUCAAACGUGGAACGGUUUUUCCCCUCUCGUCCCAACGGUCGGACUACAGCUCAAGAGUAUAG